GCGGGCGUGAGCAGCGGCUGUCAGAGUGUCAGACGGCCGGCGGGCGCCCUCCCUCACGCGCACUCGCGCCCCCUCCGGCGGCGGCGGCGGCCGCUCCGCUCCCGGGACUCCUGCGCUCCCACCGCUCCGGCCACCUCCGCCUCCGCCAUGGGGGGUCGGGGUUGCGGCUGCUCUGGGGCGGUCAGGGCGCCGUCGUUGCUCCCGCUGAUCCUGCUGCUAGCGCCGCUCCUGGCCUCGGGGUUGUUACCGUCCCCACUGCCGCCCGAGGAUAUGGAUGAGUGUGCCAGAGGAAUUGAUAACUGCCAUGUAGAUGCCAUCUGUGAGAACACACCACACUCCUAUAAGUGCUCCUGCAAGUCUGGUUACCAAGGAGAGGGCAAGCACUGUGAAGACAUUGAUGAAUGUGAUAAUGAAUUCAACGGAGGCUGUGUACAUGAAUGUUUUAACAUUCCAGGCAAUUAUCGCUGCACUUGUUAUGAUGGCUUCAUGUUGGCUCAUGAUGGUCAUAAUUGUCUUGAUAUGGAUGAGUGCCUGUUUAACAAUGGUGGCUGCCAGCACACAUGUAUCAACACCAUGGGGAGUUAUGAGUGCCAGUGUAAGGAGGGGUUUUUUCUGAGUGACAACCAGCAUACAUGCAUUCACCGCACAAAAGAGGGCUUAAGCUGUAUGAAUAAAGAUCAUGGCUGUGGUCACCUCUGCAAGGAAACCCUGGAGGGAGGAGUAGCAUGUGAAUGCAGGCCUGGUUUUGAACUUGCCAAGAACCAAAGGGACUGCAUCCUGACAUGUAAUCAUGGAAAUGGCAGAUGUCAGCACACAUGUGAGGAUAAAGAUGAAGGUCCUGAGUGUAGUUGCCACCCAGAAUAUAGGAUGCACACAGAUGGGAGAUCCUGCCUGGAGAAAGAAACUUAUACCCUGGACCUAGUGGAAAGCAAUGUAACAUCAUCAGUAGCUGAUGUUGACAAACGAGUAAAAAGAAGACUACUGAUGGAGACAUGUGCCGUAAACAAUGGUGGCUGUGACCGGACAUGUAAGGACACAUCUACUGGUGUUCAUUGUAGCUGUCCUAUGGGAUUCACACUCCAGUUUGAUGGGAAAACGUGUAAAGAUAUUGAUGAGUGCCAGAAUGGUAAUGGAGGCUGCGAUCACUUCUGUAGAAACACUGUCGGCAGUUUUGAUUGCAGUUGCAAGAAAGGAUUUAAAUUAUUAACAGAUGAAAAAUCUUGUCAAGAUAUUGAUGAAUGCUCUUUUGAAAGGACCUGUGACCACACAUGCAUCAAUCAUCCUGGCACCUUUGAGUGUGCUUGUAAUAAAGGAUACACCUUGUAUGGUUUCACGCAUUGUGGAGACACUAAUGAGUGUAGUAUCAAUAAUGGAGGCUGCCAGCAGAUCUGUGUGAACACCAUGGGAAGUUUUGAGUGCCAGUGCCUCUCAGACCACCAGCUCCACUGGAACAGGAAGGAUUGUGUGGAAAUAAAGGGAUUCCUUCCUGGUAACACAUCCCCUAAAGCAUCAUUGCACUGUAGUAAGAGAGGUGGAGUGGAUGUCUGCUACCUAAACUGCCCCUCAGAUGUCCAUUUCUCUCCAGGAUAUCAAGAUGCCUACUCCGUCACCUGUGGUGCCUCUUCUCAGCCUGGGAGUCGACUACUUAAAUCUAAUGAUUCUGCUUUAUUGGAUGUUGCUACCAUCAGGACAAGGGUCACCUUUAAGCUUAAUGAAGGCAAAUGUAAUUUGAAAAAGUCUGAUCUGCUUCCAGAUAGCCUACCGCAAAUGAUACAAGAGAAGUACAGCUCAGUAAAGGAGGGCUUCCGCUAUGUAAACCUUACAUGUGGGUCUGGCAAGCAAAUCCCUGGUGCCUUUGGCAGACCAACCAUGACUAAAGAAAUGUUUAUCAGUGUUGACUUUGAGCUUGAAGCGAACCAAAAGGAAGUGACAGCAUCCUGUGAUCUGAGCUGUGUUCUAAAGAAGACAGAAAAGAAAUUACGUAAAGCCAUCCGCACACUUCGGAAAACAGUUCACCGUGAGCAGUUCCACCUUCGUUUGUCAGGAUUGGAUUUUGAAGUAGCAAAGAAAUUACCCAGAGUUCCUGAACAUCUUACAGAUCCCUGUGGCUUGGGGCAAGAGCACAUAAAGGGCAAAUGUGUCUCUUGCAGUAUUGGAACAUAUGAUGGAGGACAAGAGAGAUGCAUUUUGUGUCCAAAUGGGACCUACCAAGAUGAAGAGGGACAAAUAACAUGUGAACUAUGCCCAAACACAGAAGAUACCAGGAAUCAACAGGCCACAGGAGCUCGAAAUAUGUCUGAAUGUGGAGCUCAAUGCCUUCCUGGUGAAUAUUCUUCAACUGGCUUCUCCCCAUGCCUACCCUGUCCCCUGGGAACAUACCAGCCUGAAGUUGGCCGUACUUCUUGCUUUCCUUGUGCAGGAAGUUGGUGGGGAGAACUCACUACCAAACAUCCUGGUGCUACCACUUUCCAGGACUGUGAGACCAAAGUUCAGUGUUCACCUGGACAUUUCUACAACACCACAACUCACCGGUGUAUUCGUUGCUCAGCAGGAACAUACCAACCUGAAUUUGGAAAAAAUUACUGUGUUUCCUGCCCAGGAAAUACCACCACUGAUUUUGAUGGCUCUACAAACAUAACUCAGUGUAAAAACAGACAUUGUGGAGGGGAACUAGGGGAGUUCACCGGGUAUAUUGAAUCUCCAAACUACCCUGGGAAUUAUCCCGCCAACACCGAAUGUACUUGGACCAUCAAUCCUCCUCCCAAGCGCCGAAUUUUAAUUGUGGUUCCUGAGAUAUUUCUGCCUAUUGAAGAUGAAUGUGGAGACUACCUAGUAAUGCGGAAAACCUCUUCCUCCAACUCUGUGACAACUUAUGAAACCUGCCAAACAUAUGAACGUCCGAUAGCUUUCACCUCCCGAUCAAAGAAGUUGUGGAUUCAGUUUAAAUCUAAUGAAGGGAACAGUGCCAAAGGAUUCCAAGUUCCAUAUGUAACAUAUGAUGAGGACUACCAGGAGCUCAUUGAAGACAUAGUCCGAGAUGGCAGGUUAUAUGCAUCUGAAAAUCAUCAGGAAAUACUUAAGGAUAAGAAAUUAAUCAAGGCUCUAUUUGAUGUCCUGGCACAUCCACAAAAUUACUUCAAGUAUACAGCACAGGAGUCCAGAGAGAUGUUUCCAAGAUCAUUCAUCCGAUUACUACGAUCCAAAGUGUCCAGGUUUUUGAGGCCUUACAAAUGAUUCUUCAUCUCACCAACUACAAAUGUUCAACCAGCCCCAGCCUGUGGAGCUUUCAAGGACAGAACUGUGUCUGCCACUUGCAUGCCAGUGGAAGGACGGGCAUGGCACCAAGUAUUAAUAACUCUUUGGAGUUAAUUUUUAUAGACAAUGCAAAUAUUUUGAUAAACUGAAUUGUAUGUUUUCUUUGAAGAGAUCAUGUAUACAGUUGUUUUCAGUCAUCGGGAUGCUGCAUCAGAUAACUCCAUCAGGUUUUAGGCAGAGAGAAGCUUUCAGAGGGAACCAUCUCUAUUACCAACAGAACUUCCUCAACUGCUGCAAGGAGUGGCGUGGAACAGGAAGGACUAAGGAGUAGCUUCCUGGAGCUACGUUUGAGGUCCUUCACCAUAUAGAACUCCUCUGUGUCCUUCAUACUUCUCAUUCCCUACAGUUAGAAACUGCUGAAGGGACUUCCCAAUGAUACAGUGGCAAGUGGAUCUUAAAGAUUAAUUUCCUUCUUUGAAACUGGUCUGGUUCUGUUCAAGCAGCUCAACCAUGUCAUACUCAGGAUAUAGAGAUAGAGAGCAAAAGAUCUCAAAUUUUGGGUUUCAGGCAACAAUUUUUCAGAACUGAAAUGACCAUGUUUGGGUCAAUGAGUUCCAAGUUAUGUGAUCGCAGCUCCAGGUGCUAGAGUUCUGAAAGAAUAUAAUAAAGAAUGUUUGAAAUUGAGAUACUGAAAAUAAAAUGAUGAAAAAAUUUCUAUACAAAUGUAAUAAUGAUUGCUUUCUGAUAGUCUUAUCUGUAUAGCACAUUUAUGUUUUAUUGCUUGUAUAUCAAGGAGGGAGAUGACAUUAUCACAACUUGUGCUAUUUCUGUUUAUUUUCCAAUAACCAGCCGAUUUGGUUCAUCCCAAUGAAUUUUCACUCUCCUGGGCAACCAUUUAUGGCCCGGUGGAAUCCCAGCCUCUAAAUCAGAGGAGUCCUUUCUUGUCCAUCAUAUUUCUAACACCUAGCGUUUUUUCAAAUGAUAAACUACCCCCAGUACAUCUGCCACCUCUUGCUGUUAUUAUCUGGUGAUCACCCAAGGACAUUCUUCAUAGAAUUCUUUCCAUUAUGCAUUGGGAGACCACAUGAUUGGCUUUGCUUUAUGUUGUGAAUCAACUUUCUGAUGUGUCCAUCAUAGCAACACUGUGGAAUCAAACUUGUAAUGGAAAGAGCAGUAGAAGAGCUAUAUUCAGGUUCAGGCUUUGGCAUUUAUAGCUGUAUGACUUCAGAGAAGUCUUCACCUCUCAGCAUUAGUUCCCUCAUAUGUAAAAUUGGGAUGAUGAUACAUACAUUCCUCAUGGCGUUAUGAGGAAAGUUCUUUAUAAACCAUAAAUGUGUAUUAUUCUUAUCUCAGGACUGUGUGGAUAGGUCCUGAACUGUUCCAGGCUCUUCUACAUCGUCAUCAUGCACCAAAUGACCCUGGAAAAAUUCAGGCAGCUUAUGUUUGGCUAAAUGCAGAUCUAGGCUUAAUAAGGAUUAAUAAUUAAUAGCAGCUUAACUACCACAUAGUGCUUACUGUAACUAGUAAAAGGGGCCUGUAUACUUAGAGAAAAUUUGAAGCAUGGAAAAAUUUGUGAAAGCCUGUUGGCCUGAAAUGUUUGUCAAUAGAUCUGUGGUAUCUUUAGUACCAGUAAGAACUCUAUCUAUGCAUGCCUCCUUUUUAUACCUUCUAAUCUUGUGUUAGUUCCUUCUAUAUAUCUUCCUGAGAUAAUUCUCCUACUGUGCUAAAGGCCUUCCUCUGGCUCUUUAUAUUUUAUAGGUGCCAAUUCAACACUUUGUUAUCUUCUACCAUUACUCCAUGACUGUCUCGAUAUUCUGAAUGAUGCUCAGUCAUUAUGGAUAAUGUGCUAAAGCCUGUGUUCAUCAAGAUUGUAUUGCCCUUUGGGUCACCUGCAAUUUUUAUUUUUCUGAGAUCAUAGUAUUCUAUGAUUUGUUGAUCACACAUUACUGGAGGAAUAUCAAUGUAAAAGAGAUGGGGAAGAAGAGGAGAGUGAAAUGCAAAGGGCAAGAGGAGAGAGAGAAGAACAGGUGGGAAGGAGUGCAUUUGAGAUGGGGGGAGAGAGAUUUUUCCAGUAGAAUGCAAUUAGAUAUCACUCAAACUACUGUAUGACUUCCCAAAUAUGAUCUGACUUGACUAUCUCCUAAUUUUAUUUUAGAUAUAAUUUAUUGUCCAUUGACAGUAUCUAUCUAAUAUAUAUGAACUGAUAUGAGAGAUAUGAAUGAAUGGGGGAAGCAUUUAUUCCAUGCUCCCAAAGAAUUACGAUUAAACAAUAAAGUUACAAAUAAAAAAGUCAGUCUACUCAAGAAACUCACAUUCUAAACUGGUUCAGCUGCAAGUUAUAUGGCAGAGCCCAGGAAUCCUUGGGAGUGAGAAAGCAGAUGGUAAUGUACCUCCUUUAAUGUUAUUUAUAUUGUUAUAUGUUGUUUAUAAUGUUGUUAUUUAUUGUUAUAUAUAUCCAAUGCUAAAACUAUAUGGGUUUCUAAUGUCAAUUUGGGCAGUGAGAACUUUCUUUUCUUGGUCCUUAUUAGCUGUGGCUCCAAAGGAACAAGAGUCUGCAGCAUUUGGAAAGAUAGCUGCUAGAUGUCAUUUGGUUAAGGUUAUUCCAACAGGAAGAUACAAUAACUUCUAGAGUAUCUGAAGGGUGAUCGCAUAGAAGAAGAAUUGGUCUGGCUCUUCUUGGCCCCGGAGGGUAGAACUGGGAGUCAUGAGUAGAAGCUACAGAGAAAGACAGCUCAUUAGAAGGCAAAACAUUCUAAGAAUUAAAACAGGAGGGGAAAUGACUUGCUUUGGGAAAUAGUGAGCUCCCAACAACCAUCCUUGAAGAGAUCUUCAAGAAAAAAUAAUGACAAAUUAUCAGUAGUAUAGAAUGGAUUCUUACUUAAUUCUAGAGAGGACUACAAAGCCUCUGAGGUUUCUUCUAGUUCUGAUUCUGCAAAUCCUUUAAGUUUAAAGUCUUAUUGUACCCAGUAAACACAUAAUGUGCUUACCAUUCCAUAAACAAAGUUUCCCCAAAUAAUUUUGGCCACAGAACACUUUUGAUUUUGAAACAUGUUGACAGAGUCAACAAGUCUUUCUUAGGAGAACUGAGAGUAUAAAAGAAACCCAAGUUAAAGAAGGUGCUAGGGGAUUUGGGUAAAAAAUUUGAGGGAAAGAAAUCUGUUUUCAUGCCCAAAAAGUCACAUAAUUUAAGCAUUUUUUUUUUGGUAUUUCAUAUUUAAUUUUUUGGUGGAAACCAUCUCUAAAUACCAGAAAUCUCUAGGAAAAUAUCUUUGCACAUUUCAAUAUGAACAUAGUUUGGGAAAUUCUGACACUUGUUUCCCAAUUAUCAACCAGACAUAACUGUUAAAAACUUUUGGCAAUACAAGUAUAGACACUCCACCUAGUGGUUAUUAAUGAAAAAUUACAGAACUUUAGUUUGCAAGAAUCUCAGCCAUCAUCUAGUUCAACUCAUAUUUAAAACAAAUCUUUACUAUAACAUAUUUCAUCAGUAAAUUUCCAGCCUCUGCUUCAAGACCCCCAAGGCUUAGGGACCCACCACCUUUCAAGGUAGCUCAUUCUCCUUUGGGGUAGUUCUAUUUUUAGGAAGUCUUUCCUCUUGUCAAAUUCAUUUACCUCUUUAAAAUUUACACCCAUUAUUCCUCCUUCUGCCUUCUGACGUCAAACAGAACAUGACUACUUCCACCUCGAAAGGUUACUAUCAUGUUACCCCUGAUUCUUAUUUUCUCCAAACUAACCAGCCCUAGCUCUUUUAGGCAAAUCACUUGAAGGAGUAAUUAUGCUACUCUGGAUAAUUUUCAAUCUUAUUAAUAGUCUGAGUAUUUGAUACCUAGAACCAUGUAGUCUCACAAAAGCAGAACACAGUAGGACCAUUAUCUUCCUGGAAGCUAUGCCUCUUUUCAUCACAUUAGCCUUUUUUGGUUGCCAUGUCACACUGAUUACUUAUAUUGAGCUCCCAGUCCACUAAAAUCCUCACAUAAUUUUUGUUGUUGCUAAGUUUUGCUUCCUCCCAUCUUGUACUUAUGAAGAAGAUUUUUUAAACUCAAGUGUAAGACUUAACAUUUUUUCCUAUUAAAUUUCACGUUAAGAGGUUUAGCUUAAGACUUUCUUUGGAGUCUUGUGUAAGGGUAAAAUUAAUAUGGUUUGAUUAAGUAUGAGUUUUUUAUUAUUACUCAAGUUGGAAUGAUUUUAUAGCAAUUUAUAAAAUAGAGGGAAAGAGUGAAAUUAAGGAAAUGGAGAGAGUAGAUAUUUACUCCAGUCCGGUCUGAACCAGGCAUAGCUUCAGAGGCCCCAGCAAAGGGGGCCCAGAGGUAAAUUAAACAAGGGUUUUAGCUACAAAGCCUCCUCCAAGACAAGAGGGCUCUCCAGAAAAGCCAGGAAAGGGAAUCAGCCUUUUUCACUCACCCACAUGGUAGUUCUAAGGGAAGAUCAAAGAGCAGUCUGAAGACCCCAGCUAGAACUCCAGGGCUGAAGGUGAAAGUGCUGGUCACAGGAAGUUCUUGCCACCUUUAAAGACCCCUCCUUUUGUCACUUCCUGUGCCCUCCUUCCACUUUACAUGGACCAAUUGCAGCUAUAGCUUUGCUUAGAACUGCCCAGGGGUCAGGGCAGUCAGUGGGUUUCUGAUUCGUCACUCACUAUCGCACAUGUGGGUCACAGACCUCCCCCACUUAAGGAUAAGUGGGUUGUAUAUGCUUCUGGUGAUUAAAUCUAAAAAUGGGCAGGGGAGAGUUAAUCCCAUCUUCAUAUUUGACUGUCAUCCCACAUGUUAGUGAUUUCACCCAUAUUCAUGUCUAUAAAUUGUCUGUCUUUAUCUAAGUCAUUGAUAAAAAUGUUGAACAGUGUAGAGACAGGAAUAUAUCCCUAAAGCUCUCUGCUAGAGCCACUCUCUCCUAGUUGACAUCAACCCAUUAAUAACUAGAAUUUGGGUCUGAUCUAUUCAGCAACUCUGAAUCCUCCUAACUGUAAUGAUAGAAUCCAUAUCUGUCUUCCCCAACAUCUCUCCAGAUCUCCAACAAGGGUAGCUUGAACAAUCUUGUUCAAUGAUUUUCCAUAACUAGGCAAACUUUUCAGAGAAGACCCCUGGUCUGCCAAGGCUACCACCAACCAAAAAAUUACCCACACUCACAAACUAGUUGUUAUCCUCAGUUUCCUCCUACCAAUAUUAAAUUUGUUGCCAAGUCUUGUCGAUUUUGUCUUCUCUCCUUUGACACUACCCUGGCAUAGGUCCUCAUCACCUCAUGCUUGGACUAUAAAAACAGUCUACUAUUUGGUCUCUACCACAAGUCUCUCUCCACUCCAGUCUAUCUUCCAUUCAACUGCCAUGGCAAGCUUUUUCAAGCACAGGUCUGACCACGUUACCCUUCUACUCAAUAAACUCCAGUGACACUAUAUUGCCUCCAGGAACAAAUAUAAAAUCCUCUAUUUGGCCUUCCUAACCUUUACUCAUUUUUUGUUUUCUUAUACCUUAUGCCUCCCCUUUCCUCUUUACCCUUCUAUCUCCCCCAUAUGCUCUAUAAUAUAGUGAUACUGGAUUCCUUAUACAAGUCACCACAUCUCCUAAUUUCAGCCAUUAUUACUGGCUCCUCCUGCCCCAUGGCUAAAAUUCUCUCCCCCCUCAUCUUUGCCUCCUUGUUUCCCAGACUUUAGUUCCAGCUAAAAUCUUACCUCUCUACAGGAAGACUUUCUUGGUCCCCCUUAAUUCUAGUGCUUUCCUUUCAUUGAUUAUAGGCAACUUUUCUUGUCUAUAGUUUCUAUGUAGGUGGUUGUUUGUAUGUUGUCUCCUCCAUUAGACUAUGAGCUUCUCCAGUGCUCUUCUUGAAAGCUUUUGCUUUUCUUUGAAUCCCCAGAAUUUAUCACAUUGCCUGUCCCAUUGUUGUUUGUCCUUUGUUUUUGAAGAAGACUAAGGACAUCCUGGGUGAUGUCUUGUGCAUGGAAUAGGAUUAAAGUGAGGCAAAAUGAUGCAAAAUAUCCCUACUUUCUCUUCCUGAGUGAUAGUUCAGGAUGCAGUAUGACUUUGGCAUCCUUGAUGUCUGACCAAGUUUCAAACAUUCCACAGUUCCCACUUCAGGUCAUUGGAACAAAUUAUUCUCAUCUGACCAUUCUACCAGAGGAAGUCUUCAUAUGAUUUGUGUAGAUAUCUCCCUAACUCGCCAAAGGGUUGGUGGCCCAUUGGCAAUGUUUAGCUUGUCUACUUGCAUGGUUCUACCAGACUGUGGCUGCUAUGGAUGUUUCUGCUUCUUAGAGCCACAUGGGAGCAUUGAGUGACAGGUAGAUACUGAAGGUAUAUGAAAAGCUCUCAAAAGAGCUCAGCAAGCCCUGACAGCAAGCCCAGAGGUGCUAGACCUCCUUUAACACCCAUACAAUCUGUGUUUUCAAGUGGGAAUUAUAUAUAUUUCUUGACUAACUACUAGUUUACACAAGGAAACUAGGUUAGUGGCAGAACUUCUGGGGUCCCUGGUUGAAGGACCUGAGAUCAAUCACAGACUAGUGUUAAAGUUGCAUAGAGCAUGAACCAUACCUGGCCUUGGAUUAUAGAAAUUGCAAGAACUAAGUAGGACUUAG